AUGGCAACUGGGGGAGAUGAUAAUCCGACAUGUUCCGGACAGACUAAAAACCAAGAAAAUGAAACUACAUUUAAGAGACCCUACAAAGAACAGAAGUUUGUUGUUAUUGGGAAAACUGGUACCGGCAUAAGUUUUACUGCUAAUGCCAUAUUAAAGGAAACUUAUUUUAAAUGUAAAGCAAGUAAGAGAUCCGUCACCACAGCCUGGCGCCUUGGCAAAAGAAUAUCGAUUCAAGAUAGAAUGAAUACUGUUGUUAUUGACACCCCAGGAAUGUUUAAUACAUGUUUAACGAUAGACCAGGUCAAAUCUGACUUAAGACAUAGUGUAGAUUGUGUUUCAACAGGACCAUAUGCCUUAAUAUACGUGGUACCUUUGAGAGGACAAACGGACGAAGAUAAACUCACGCUUAAAGAAAUGAUUGAUGUCUUCAGUAAGGAAUUGUUUAGAUCCAUGAUAAUAGUAUUCACAGACAGUAAAAAGUCUGACGUUCUUAAUAACUUUACAUUAGAGAAAUACUUGAAAGACAUGCCAGAUUAUAUCAUUGAUUUGGUUGGAAGAUGCCAAAGAAGAUACAUAGUCCUUAGUUUCGAUGGAAAAGGCAGUCCUGAGAAUGGUGACAAUGAUGUAUAUGAACCUUCACCUGGAUAUAGAGUAGAUGACACUUGUAAAGGAUAUUUGGAAACAGAUAGCGAUGUUAUUAAUGAUUCCGAAAUCACAGAUUUUGAUAAAGAGAUUGAUCAGACAGAGCAGGAAUAUAUAUCACAGUUUGAAGAACAACUGAGACUUGUUCUUAUUGGUAAAACUGGUGUUGGGAAAAGUGCAACAGGAAAUACUAUUAUAGGGAACGUAGGUUUCAAAUCGAAGGCUUCGAAGAAAUCGGUUACGACACAUUCGCAGAGUCAGGAAAGACAAUGGGAGGGUAAACAGGUCAUUGUGAUUGACACACCUGGAUUAUAUGAUACCGGAAUUUCAAUGUCUGAUGUGAAAAAGGAACUUAUAAGGUGCAUAGGUAUGUCUUUACCGGGACCACAUGCUUUUUUAUAUGUGAUGUCUGCUUCUUCCAGACAAACAAAAGAAGAAGACGAGGCAUUCAAAGACUACUUUAAGUUGGUAUCAGAUUUGAUUUACAAAUAA